AACUGUAAUUCUGUGGAGGAAGAACUACUCUAUUAGGAACUGGAGUGUGCGUGGGAAUUAUUUUUGGAGAACCAUGACUUGACUUUUUCUUUCUUUCUUUUUCUGUCUCAGGAGGUUUUUCCCAUCAGCCAUGGCUUCCUUCGGGAACAUUAUCUUCUACAGCAUGAUCAUCCUCAUCGUCUUGUUCUCAGCCCUCAUCAUCCUCCUCUUAGCCUUGGCUUUCUCAGGCGAGUCCUCCGAGGUGACGAGCACCAACACACUGCCCAUUGCCAACCUCGGCGAGGACAUCCUCCUCAGCUGCAACCUGAACAUCAAAAUUGAACUAGCCAAACUGAGACAGGUGUCGGUCACCUGGGGGAAGACAAACCUGAAAGGACUGGUUCAUCAUUAUCAGGAUGGAGCUGCAGAUUUUGUUGAUCAGAACUCGCAGUUCAAAGGGCGGACUCAGGUGUUCCCCGAGGCUUUGGGCUCUGGGAACGCCUCCCUGCUGCUGCGGGACGUGAGGAGCAGCGACGCGGGGGAGUACACCUGCACGAUCAGCUCCUCUGAGGGCGGAGGGAUGGUCAACAUUAAGCUCAGAACAGCAGCCUUUACAGCCCCCAAGUUUAAGUUCUCAAAUGGCAUCCUGGUGGCGGAGGCGAGCAGGUGGUUCCCAAAACCAAACGUGACGUGGUCAGACGAGGCUGGGAACAUCCUGAAUGGGAGCACGAGUCUCAAACAGAACUCUGCAGGGAUUUACAGAGUGGUCAGCACGCUGCAGUCGGUCAACGUCAGCGACACCUACACCUGCAGGAUUGAAAAUGAGCUGAUGACUUCCGUUUCUAAGGCAACAGUUACAGACACUGAAGUCUUUGGGAGGACGUACUUCACCUUCAGCGCUGCAUCGACCCUGCUGGCUUCCAUCUACCUGAGCACUCUGUCCAUCAUCCUCUACACCUGUUAUCUUACCUGAUCACACAAAGACUCCUCUGUGUUUGUACAUUCAUUGAUUUAAGAUUUCAUAGAAACAAUGUUUUAAAAGGAGAAAAAAAAAGCAAUUAAAUAUAAAUAUUUUAAUACUUGUUGAAGUUUAAUAAAGCGUGUGUUGUUGCCAUGUAACUGCAUUUUCUUUCUUCUAACUUUCUCAGAUGUACACAAAGUGUCAUGUUGUAUGGAAAGGUGCAUUAUGCAUUACAAAUCUCUAUCAGCAUUCGCUUUUCUUCAUUCAUAUGUCUAACUGUAUCACAAUACAUAAACAGGAUAAACCAUCCUUUUGGAAGAAAAAUCAAAAGAAUACUUGACUAAUUAUUUUUUGUGAUUUUCAUUCAAUUUCAGCAUAGAAUGACUUUGACUCAGCGAAGCAUUUAUCUAAUUAAGUUAGUGUUCUCCAGCUCUGCUCGUGACCCGGGUCACCAACCCGGAGGACCACAGCCUCCACCGCGCCCCAGGUUCAGGUCCGACCUGUGGCUCCUUUCCAGCAUGUCAGUCCCCACUCUCUCUCUCCCUGAUUUCUGACUCUAUCCACUGUCCUAUCUCUCCAAUAAAG